GUCAUGCAUUCAAUUUGUGUUUAAUAUUCAAAAGGUUGAAAGUGUCCCUGUACUGCUCUGAAGAGUUGUUUUUCCUCUUUCACUCUCUUCAAGUUUCAGACCAGAGAAGUGACAGACCACGCUCUUGCCCUCUCUCGCUCCCAAAACCUCACGUCCUCUCUUCCCUGUCCUACUGUCGUAGCUAGGGUUCUUAAUCUAAUUCCCAGAGGGCUUAGAGUUUCUUCCCGAAGUUGAAACAGAGAAGGCUAGUUCCGUCGCCAUGGCCACCCUCAGUCCCAAGUCCGCACACGGCAAGACCCUUCCCUGCGAUUUUUGCAGCGACCAGGUUGCGGUUCUCUACUGCCGAGCUGAUUCCGCCAAGCUCUGCUUGUUCUGCGACCAGCACGUGCACUCCGCCAACGCCCUCUCCCGGAAGCACCUUCGGUCGCAGAUCUGCGACAACUGUGGCUCCGAGCCGGUCUCCGUCCGGUGCGCCACCGACAACCUCGUGCUAUGCCAGGAGUGCGACUGGGACGCCCACGGCAGCUGCUCCGUCUCUGCCGCGCAUGACCGGACCUCCGUCGAGGGCUUCUCCGGCUGCCCGUCGCCCUCCGAGCUCGCCGACCUCUGGGGACUCGAUCUCGAAGACAAGAAAUCUCAGAGUAAUAACAUCAUCCAGGCGACGGCUCCGCCGAAUUGGGCUUCUCAGGACAUCGAUUCCUGGGUGUGCAGGUCCGCGGGGGCGAUUCAGGACUUUAUGGUGCCGAAUGAGAGCGCGACGGUUUAUUCGAGUGAGAUUGGGGGGGUUUUGAAGAGACACGGUGCGGGAUGCGGGAAGCAGAAGCAGGUGAUACUGAAGCAGCUGGUGGAGCUGUUCAAGAGGGGUUUGGUGGGUGAAGAUGGCGGCGGCGGCGGAAGUUCGGUGCCUGGGACUCCGAAUCAGAGUGUUUGGAAGAGGAAUGCGGUGGAAGAGUCAUUUGGUUUGGGAAAUUCGGGCGAUGGGGAUGAGGUAAUGCAGCAGCAAGCGCCGUUCAUGUCUUUGCUUAUGUUGCCAACCCAUGUGGAUUCGAAAGAGGAUGGUGGCAUCGCUGAAGCGGACGUAUUGUGGGACAGAGACAAGAAGCCGAGUGAUCAGCCUCCCAGUCUGAUAUGGGAUUUCUAUUUAGGACAGUCGAGAUGUCAUGAAGAAUCUGAUCCAUUGAAAGUUGGAUAUGAUGCCGGGGAUGCAGGAUUCAUGAUCAAGAAUUAUAGUGAACUUAUCAAAGAGGCAUCCUCACCAACUUCAAAAGCACUACGAGAAAUAUAUGAGAUGAAUUACUCCAUGGCCCAUGAGGAUUUUGCAUCAUUUAAUAAUAACUUGAACCACCCAACAUUGAGCCAGGGACCAGCCACAUCUGAGAGCAACAACGAGCCCACAGCAAGGCCAUCAGUGGGUUCUUCCCUCAGUAAACCUAAAGGCUAUGGCAGCUCAAAAAAUGUUCUGUUCAUAGAUCAGUCUGCUCAGGCGACUGGUGAAAAUGCUAUGACAGCAGUAACGACGAAGGCCGAUAUGGAGCUUAUGGCACAGAAAAGAGGCAGCGCGAUGCUACGUUACAGGGAAAAGAAAAAAACUCGACGAUAUGAGAAACACAUUCGGUACGAGUCGAGGAAGGCAAGAGCUGAUACCAGGAAGCGAGUGAAAGGUCGCUUUGUGAAGGCUUGUGAGGCUCCAGAUGGUUUGUGCUGACUGCUGAGAUAACCUUCAAUUCUUGAUCUUGCUUUAUCUGCCUGUAUAUAUUUCUUACAUGUCUCCACGUUGAAUUUAUAAUUUGAUUAGCCCUAA